CCGCAAUUUUGCAUUACGAACGGAAGCGGGAAGCGGCGGCGCCAUUUUGUUUUUGCUUUGCCCGUGUCGUUCGUUGAAGGCAUUGUGUAAAUGUGUUAAAUUUAGCAGCAAUUUUUGUCCAUUGCUAAAUUGCCAUUAUCAAGUUUAUUAAGUCUAUUGUGAUUUUCACUUAAAGCAUUAAUAAGUGUUUUUAAUAUGGGUCGAGGAAGAGAUCGUAGUCGCGACAGACGUCGUAACCGGAGCAGAAGCAGGAGUAGAAGUCGCAGUCGUAGUCCGCGUUAUGGGUUAGGGUCGGGUGGCGGUGGCGGUGGCGCCUACGGCGGCGGACGUCGCUGCAAUCCUGGUGCCAAUCUUCGCAAACCCAAAUGGGAUUUAAGCCGAUUGAAACCUUUCAAAAAAGAUUUUUAUAUUCCCCACAAAGAUGUUGAAAAUAGAACCGAAUCUGAGGUGGAAUCUUGGAGAAGUGAUAAUGAGAUCACGCUCAAGGGUCGCAAUAUUCCGAAACCUACGUUGACUUUUGAUGAGGCUGGUUUUCCCGAUUAUGUUAUGGAUGAAAUUGAUAAAAUGGGAUUCAAUAAACCUACGCCCAUCCAAGCUCAAGGUUGGCCCAUUGCCCUUAGUGGACAUGAUAUGGUUGGAAUUGCGUCAACUGGUUCUGGCAAAACACUUUCUUACAUUUUGCCUGCAAUUGUUCACAUAAAUAAUCAACCAAAGUCUAGUAGGGGUGAUGGACCUAUUGCAUUAGUUUUAGCACCAACUAGAGAAUUAGCUCAACAAAUACAAGAAGUGUGUGAUAAAUUCGCAAACACUUCAAAAAUACAUAACACUUGUUUGUUUGGUGGUGCCCCUAAAGGACCCCAAGCAAGAGACCUAGAUGCCGGUGUGGAAAUUGUAAUUGCAACACCAGGGCGUCUUCUAGAUUUCUUAGAAAGUGGAAGAACCAAUUUGAAGAGGUGCACAUAUUUAGUCUUGGAUGAGGCUGAUAGAAUGUUAGACAUGGGCUUUGAGCCACAGAUCAGAAAAAUCAUAGAACAGAUUAGACCAGAUCGUCAAACCCUUAUGUGGUCAGCUACAUGGCCUAGGGAGGUUCAAAGUCUUGCUUCAGAAUUCCUCAAAGAUUAUCUACAGAUCAAUGUAGGAUCCUUGCAAUUGGCAGCUAAUCACAAUAUUUUGCAAAUAAUUGAUGUUUGUAUGGAAUAUGAAAAAGAAACUAAAUUAAGUACACUUUUAAAAGAAAUUAUGGCUGAAAAAGAAAAUAAGACUAUUAUAUUUAUAGAAACUAAACGUCGUGUUGAUGAUAUUACUAGAAAAAUGAAAAGAGAUGGAUGGCCAGCUGUGUGUAUACAUGGAGACAAAUCUCAACAUGAGCGUGAUUGGGUAUUGCAAGAUUUUCGCAGUGGAAAAGCUCCUAUUCUCGUAGCCACGGAUGUUGCUGCUAGAGGCUUAGAUGUCGAUGACGUGAAGUUUGUCAUUAAUUUUGAUUAUCCAAGCAAUUCAGAAGAUUAUGUCCAUCGCAUUGGAAGAACAGGAAGAACAAAUAAAACUGGGACUGCCUAUACCUUUUUUACACCAUCGAAUGCCGCCAAAGCAGGCGAUCUCAUAUCAGUACUAAAAGAAGCUAAACAAGUUGUUAAUCCAAAGUUACAAGAACUCGCUGAGCGCGGAGGUGGCGGAGGCCGGCGUCAUCGUGGCCGAGGCGGAAGAUACCGUCGAGGAGGCCGUCGCUCUCGAUCAAGAUCUCGUUCCCGCCGCCGCCGCAGUCGUUCGCGCUCUCGGUCCCGGGAUCGCCGCCGCCGCAGGCACAGCUCGUCACGCUCCUCACGAAGCAAAUCAUCAAGAUCUUCGAGAAGCCAUUCGCGAUCCCGUUCCCGCUCCCGGACACGUUCCCGUAGCCGCUCUCGUUCAGGCAAGUGCAGUCCAUUGAAGGACGCUACUAACGCUGUACCGAAGCCUGCGACUCAAGCUCUGCUGCCCACGCCAAAGCCACUUUUACCCACUCCGAUCGGUCCUCAGCUUCCUGUAUCACAAAAUGAUAAAUAUAAUGGCAAAUGUUCCACAACUCCGAUUCGUAAUGACAAUUUAAAUACUAGAGGAAAUAAUAGAUCUGUAAAUGAAGAUGUCACAAAUGAUGUCCAUCAACAACAGCAGUCCAAUCAAAUUCCGCCCUUAAUGGCGCUCAAUCCUCAAAUGUGUGUGCCUCCUCCCAUGACUGGACAAGGAUUUGUUAUGCCGCAAUACUUCCCAGCUGAUCAAUAUGGAAUGAUGAUUCCACCUUUCGCUGCCGCUCCGAUGAUGACUCCCGCCAAUUGGGCGGCUCCUCCCCCACCACCUCCACCCCCUCCUGCACCUAAUACCUCGAACAACGGCAACAACUACAAUCAAGGGCAAAGUGGCUAUGGAGAAAGCAGCUUGGAGUCAGAUUCCAGGAAGCGAGGUGGCCGUUCUGGCGGCCUUGGAAGCUCGAGCUCUUAUGGGCCGAGCUCAGGUGGGCUCGGCUCAGGCGGUGGCCUGGGCUCCGACGGGGGCCUGGGCUCCGGCCGCAGUCUGGGCCCCAGCGACGACCGCGGCUAUGGUGGUGGCCUCGGUUCUGGCGGAGGUCUCGGCUCUGGUGGAGGCCUAGGCUCUGAUGAAGCCACGUCUGCAUCACGAUCGCGUGGAGGCCGCGACAGACGUCGUCGCGGUCGAGGCCGUGACAACGACGACUCGGAAGGUCCAGGUGGUGGCCUGGGUUCCUAUGGAUCCGGCGGCCUUGAUGGCGGCCUGGGUCAGGCCUACGGAAUGCCCUCUGGCGGUGACGGCGUGCCCCAUGGGAGUCAACCGCCGCGCCUCCUUCCUCAGCCCGGCGACGACUACUUUACACAGGGAGCCAAUUUUACAGCAUAUGGCUCUUACGGUUCUAAAAAUAACAAAAGAAACCAAGGCGACGAUAAUGACAAUAGUGAUGCAUAUCAAAACGAAAAUAAUUAUAGCAAUGGUAUGGAUUUCUAUGAUAAUCAAAAUAUGGGUCCUGGACGACCAUUCGGUUUAGGUACGAACCAGAAUGGUUCCAACGAGGCGCAGGUGAAUGGCUCCAUGGGGUACAAUAAUAACCGCCAGAGGAAUCGCCAACGGCGGUGAAAACACCGAGAAAAUGGCUACAACGGUGACUCGCGCCGACGUAGAAGACGCUGAAACGACGUCG